AUGGGUGCCGGUCAAUCCGCCGAAUAUAGUGGAGCAACUCCAGAGGAGCUGAGCUACAUUCUUGCGGAACGUUUCGCAACAAAGUGUUUCACACCCUUGGAGCUCACGCAUUUCAAAGAUAAUUUCUUCUCCCGCGCUGCUGAGCAGGGUGGCCUCAAGUACUGGAAUGAAAAGAUCUUGUCUGAUUUCCUAGGGAUUCCCGAUGGAAGUUUCGCUGAUACCCAUGAGAACCCCGUUGAUGCGGGACCGGUUCUGUUCCGCAUGGUUUCGUAUCUUGGUGCUUUUCCGUUCCAGAAUACCAUGGCGCCGAGCGUUUUGACCUUUGACGCGAUGGUGAAAGUCGUUGUGCUUUUGACGGAGCGCUAUGGGAAAGCGUUGCGGCGGGGACGCAAGGACCGAGUGAAGUUGUUGUUUGGGAGUCUUGCUGAUGUUGGGAAGAAGGAGGUAGGGCGUGAUAAUCAGAACAUGGAAGAGGAUAACAUGGAAGGAAAGGCUUUUCCUGAUGUCCAGACUCAUACGCCUGGUUUCUUGAUUGAUGAGCCGGCGAACGACGAUUAUGAUGAAGAUGAAGACGACGAUCUUGCGCUUGCCGCGCUGGAGUCGCUUGAUGCGAUUGAAGUGUUCAAGCAUGAUCACCGAGUUGAUCACACUGUUUACGAAACCAGGAUUUCGAUCGAUACGUUUCGUCGGCUGCUGAUACUGCUGCUUGUCAUUGCGCCUUUGAAACCAUUGGAGUCUGUGAAGACUUACACGUCUGACUUUGGCCCUGAGCGGGUCGAUGCGAUUCAAAAAGAGGCUGAUAGUAUCAUUGCGGCAUUUUCCCCGGAGGAUAUCGAUGGGGGAAUCUCAUAUCGGGCGUUUGCUAGAACGGUCUCGUCGUCACUGCCGUACCUCUUCGAUCCCUUGACGGCGUUGUUCGAACAUCUUCUGUUCAGCAAGAAUCUAAAUCUUUCUCAGAGGCGACAGAGGGGAGCAACUGUAGAAGAAGAACCGCCUGAGAAGCAUGAGGAAAUACCUCCUCCAGCACCGAUAAUGCUCCCUGGCAGCUUUGAGUCGGCCAUUCUGGAUCCGACCCUCAUGUCCCACUUGUCAUUCUUCUUGCCCUCCGUUGCAGCGCCUUUGAAUCUCUUCCGCAGUGGUGUUCGUCUCCAUCCAGUCUUCUCAACUGCCACACACGGUUCCUCGCUCACCUCGUUCUCCCAUCACGUCUUGACCUGGCAAGCGGCUUCCCUUCUCAUUCUUCAAGGAGCAUUGGAAGGCUCAUCUGAGGAACUUGUCACAAUAGGCGCAUAUCUUCCGCAAUCCUGGAAGUCAUCGUCAGCCAGCAGCACCUCAAACAACUCCUCUACCCCCCUACCAUACCUCUUCCAACUAUCGCCAAUACACCAAGUCCUGCAAGGCAAUUCAUCCCCCUCCAUCGCCCAGAAAUCCAAUUUGCCUGCUGCUUGGUUCUCCACGCAUUCCGGAAUCGCAAUUGGAUGCCAAAUUCCCCCAGCCUCCCGGACUCACCAAGCCCACCCAACUCCCCAUGGCGCAGGCAGCCUGCUCAUCGACGUCAACCUCGAAUCCGCCGAGCUGCACAUCGAACCAGUUGGUUCCGACGGUAUGUUUCUACCUCCGGCCACAUUAUCUGUCAAUGAUAAGCCGAUAAAGACCCGACUAGACUUGUACAGUCUCGAAAUCUGGGGCGUUGUCCCGGACCCUGAAGUGGCGUCCUCUUCCGAUCCGAGCACGAAUGCUGUUGAGGCGCAACGUGCGAAGUGGGCGUUUGAAGCUCGUGAAGCGGAGAGAAGGCGUAAUAUCAAUCUGAAGGGCGGGGCAGGUGAUUCGGCUAAGGAGAGUGCUCGGUGGCUUUUGGAGACAGCGGGCAUUAUUGGGGAUGAAGGACAACGAUAUGGGAAUCUGAGUUAA